AUGUCUUCAAGUGUCAUUGAGGUCAAAAGGUAAAAAAUGGGGAGAUGAAACUAAAUUAGACAGAGUCUAGAAGGGCGUUUUGCUGGGGAGGAUGGGGAAGAUGACGGAAUACAAUAGUUCCACAUGUCAUUCUUGUGCCUUUCUGGUUUUGGUUUGUUUUGAAAGUUUUAUUGUUGAAAACUUUGGAAAACAGAUCCAUAGAGGCUUGAUCAAGCCCUUGUAGCGAGCUCUUCAGCCCUAAUAUGCCCAUCAUACCUUGAUUAAGCAAGCAAUUGACUUAUUAGAUCUACAACUGACACCAUAGCCUUCUGCCAAUCCUUAAUAAAGCCUAGUUGAUGGAUAAUAUCGAUAGAAAAACCCACUCCGACUAUAAUACCACACCAUUUAUUUAUCUUCCCCACAUUUCUCCGACUUGCUUGACCACCCACACAGCCAACCGUCGUCUAGACUCCAUAACAGUCCCAAUGUAAUCCCAUUUACCAUGUUAGUUGAGACGGUUUUACUUUCGAAUUUAACGUCUUCCCUGUUUCUACCGACGGGAGAAAAACGGGCACAGCAAUUUGUUUCGACGAUCUUUUUAUUGAAACACCCCGAUUUUUGUACCAAGAACACUAUAAGAAGAUAGAAGACGGGGUUUUGUUGGUUUUUCCCAUCAAAUUCGGUCUCAAAUUAUCCUCUCAGUUAUUCUUCACACUUUUUUAGUGAAAGUCGCCGAGAUUCAUUCGAAUUGCGGCGAUUUUAAUGGAAUGCGAAAGGAGACAAUGAUCCAUGCAAAUUCUGUAAUGGGUUUUUUCGAACUUCGGAAAGAGUUCGCUUUAAUUGCACCGGUUUUAUAAUUGGAGGGCCACGAGCAUGAAGAUGAUGUUCUUAUCGGCUGUUUCUCUAAACGUUUUAACUAUUUUUUGUCAUAGAUUGUAACUAAGGUUCCCUUGUAAGGCGCGUCGGUUGAUUCGUUGUUUUGGUGUUAGUUUUCUUUUCGAGUGACGUCAUUUUGGACAUCUUACAGCGGCAACGGGCCGUGCUCGGUUGAAAGUUUUUACAAAUAUGAUUUCAGGCCACGCGUUUUAUGUGACAUGCGGCCAUUCAAAUUUCUUGGAGAGUAUUUUUGUCAAUGUAUAUUACUCUCAUUACUUUUCCCAGUAAGCUAUGCAGAAACAGGUAAGAAUCACAGAAAUAUUGUGAAACUAUCGAUGAUUAUAGCCACAGGCAAGGAAUGUGUAUGUGGCCGAGAGCUGAAGCCUGUCUGUGGAAGCGACGGUCACACAUACGAGAACGAAUGUCAAUUUAGAUGUGCUCAAGUAUUAGAGAGUUCGUUGCUUCUACGUUAUCAUGGAGCUUGUUGCCCGCCGGCCAGUUUAUGCACAGAACAUCGUAAUCCGGUCUGUGAUGAUCAUGGUAUGCCAUCUAUGUCUCUGCUAAUUUUAACACAUCUUAGGCAAUAGUUACGAGAACGAAUGCCAUUUUGAAUUCCAAAAAUGCGUCGCAAAACGACUCCAAAAUAUAAAUUUGAAGCUUCGAAGUCGAGGAAAAUGCGGCGAGGAGACUACGGAGCCUUCUCUCUUGCCUCAGGAGGAAAUGUCGAUGACAAAAUCGACCAGUCGAUGUGAAUUCGAAUGUCCGGACGAUGAGGAUUUCGUGUGUGAUACGAACGGGAUUACUCAUCAAAACACUUGCUUGUAAGUGCCGUUAAAACCACCCUUUCUGAGAAGGUUUUAAUUUUGUUGUCGCUCUCAUAAUCGCCCGACUUUUACAGCUUUGAACGAAUUCUCUGCGCCUUAAGAGAACGAGGUCGACAACCCAUUGGGAUCGAACACGACGGGAAAUGUAACGAAAACAGCGAAGAAGACAUCAUGGCAGAGAGCUCCAGCAGCGAGAAGCCGGAAGCAACUUGUAAGCGAUAAUGGGGAAAUUAAGAAAUUGCGGGCAAAAAUCAAAAAUAACAUUUCAAAUUCUACAAGAAUCAUUGAAAUUUUUUGUACCUUUAGCUAAAACGACAACAACUUCGACAACUUCAACAACCUCUCAUCCAGCUUUAGCAUUUGGCACCAAAGUCUAUGACGCAUCUAGAAGACAACCAUCGCAACUCAACCCGCUCCCUCAAUCUGUGCCCUAUGAUACCGCGGAAUCUCCAUUAGUCCCCUUGCAAUCAUCUAACAACACAAAGACAGCAGUUGUCGGAAGUCGCACUCGACCUCCGUUGCCAGCUUCAGCUGUCAUCCCACAUGAAGAGCAAUGUUCGGCCGAAGAUUGCGAUAAAAAGUGGGAUCCAGUCUGUGAUAACAAGAAUAAUACUCAUCGCAAUAUGUGCCUGUAUCAAUUCAGAGUGUGCAAAAUGAAGAAAUCAAGCAUCGGGAGCCAAUUUAUUCCCGAGAUCGUGAAGAAAGGAGCUUGUAACGAUACAGUAAGAACUCUUCCAUGGAUUUAUAACACCUCUUUAGCUAGCCACAACUCCCUCAUCAAACCCAACUACACAUACUGCAGUAAAAAACUCUGCCAAGCCUGAAGACUGCAAAUUGUGUGACGACAAAAGUACGAAAACCCCAGUAUGUGACAACACCAAUCAUACCCAUCAGUCGGCUUGUCUAUUAGCUCAAUGGAACUGCAAAAUGAGACAACAUAAACUGGAAGAGAGAGUUUUGGUUCAUGUUGGAGCAUGCAGGUCCAACUCCCUUAUGUUCUCAUUAAAAGUAAGUCCUAGUAUUACUAGUAAUAUUAAAAUAAUUACAAAAAAUUCAAAGAUCACGGAACAGUGAAACAAAAACAUUUCUGAUGAUAACGUUUUUACGAAGUUAAGAAUACGGAAAACGUAUAUGAGUCGUAUAUACAUGUCAUUUGCAGGACGAAGAGUGCCCAAAACAAUGUACAAAUCAAUACAAACCCGUCUGCGACAGCCAGGGCAUGACGCAUCCCAAUUUGUGCACUUUCCAAAUGUUCAAUUGCAGGCAACGAAAACAAGUAGGUCAAGAACGGAGAUUAACUGUAAUAAGGCUAUGCAGACAUAAGAUUAAAAAACUGCAAUCAAACAGUAAUUAUGUGCCUAAAAAUACACUUACAAGAGAUGAAAAUACAGUAGGCAACGAGAUAUUAAAUUUUAGAAAACUCCAAACACAUCUUGGUUGAUAAGCUUGUCAGAAUGCCAAAAGAAACAGGAGGGAACAACUACGAAAGCUCCCACAACAACAUCCAAACCUUUGAGCACAAAACCGCCAGCUCCAACAGCUCCACUGACAAUUACAAAGUUGGUUGGAUGGAAGAAAGAUGACUUAAGCAGUGAGCCAAAAGAUGAUGCCUUUGUCACCCAAACUAUGAUGACACAAAAUGUAACUUCCAAUGAUUUUGAAUGCCCAGAACCUUUAUGUCCAGAAGAAAAAGAGCCAAUCUGCGAUAAUGAGGGGACCAUUCAUAAGUAAGUUCUGGAUGUCCUUGCGUUUUGACGUUUUUUUAGGAAUCUUUGCAUGUUUGCUUACGCUCGAUGCCUGGCCGCACGUGGAGGCAAAAUUUUGAGUGCAGUAGCUGAUGAAGAAUGCAGUGCUAAUCGCUGCAGAAUUAUCGAAGAAAAAAGUUGCGAUGAAACUGAUAAGGAUUAUAUUUGUGGCACUGAUUUCCACACUUAUAAUAACGAAUGUUUAUUCACAAAAGCGCAAUGUUUGGAUUCGGAUCUAGAGGUUCUUUUCAAAGGAAAAUGUGAAGUCUGCUUGACCAAACCAUGUCCAAUUGUUGAUGCUAGCGAUAACAGCAUUCCCGAUUCUGAAUUAAUCUGUGACCAGAAUGGAGAGACCAAAACUCUUUGUGAAUUUGAUAUGAUCAAAUGUAUAUACGAAAUAAAACUUGGUCAUAACAUCACCGAAGCUUAUGUAAGUGAUUUUGACUGUGUCUGGAAAUGUUUUUACUACUAUAAUAUAUACCUCUGCUUUUCAGACCGGCAGAUGUUGUCCAACUCUUGACUCUUGUCCAAGCACGAAUCAGCCAGUCUGUGAUACAAGGAAUCAACAGCAUCGCAAUCUCUGCCAUUUCCAAGUCGCUCAAUGUCGUGUUGCCAAGAUUGAACAAUCGCAGACUCCACUUACAUUACGUAAUAACGGUACCUGCAAGACCAUUGCUAAACAGCCAACGCCUGUCGAAGUUAAGCCGGCUGUAACUCUUGCUCCACUUGUUUCUCCAUUCAAGCCAGAGCCCGUUCGAGCGAUUGAAACGUCAGCAUCAGCACCACGAAGCCUCGCAAACUCUCCCUUGCCCUCAGUAAACGGAGGACGCUCUACAUUCUCCAGAUUACCAACGGCUCCAAGACCUUCGAAUCCUGCAACAAAGACCAUUGUUGCCCCGAGUGUUUUGUCGUCGGAGAAUCAUGAUCAUGAAGGGAUUCAGCCAGGUACGCCUCACGUUUGUCGUCGUCCUGGGCGGCCAUUCCGUGUUCCUCAUCGUGCGAAUCGAACGAGACGGCCGUUGAGAAGACGGGUGACAGUCCAGGCCCGCCGCUAUUGGCGGUAUUGGUAUUGGACUCACACACGUACUCUCCGGUCUAGCCGAAGGGGUUAAUUGCACAGAAAGACACCAGCACAGAAAUGUUUUCAUUUUGCCAUUUUGGAUUUGCAAACUCCUCAAGCUUUUGCUUUCUUCCACUCAUUUUUUGUACACUUUUUCUUAACUUCAAUGCUUCGUCCGAACGGCCUGUAUUUGAAUAGUUUUUAUUGCAAUUUCCGUAGUCUUAUCGGUCUUAAAAGUCUUGCCAUAAUGUCAUAUCAAAUACGUUUACCUUGAGAUCUCUUACAAUUAAGGAUUGUUGAGGAUUGUGUUAUAUAACAGUGCACUAUUAAUCAUUUUGCAUUUGGAUUUGCGUUUAUUACAUUAAUAAACACUUGAACACUUGAGCUUCACGUUUUGCACUCUCUGAAAAAAUAUAAUGCCGUUUUACUGGAGAAUUUUUGAUUUUACAGACAAUGAGGAUGACACCAUGCUUUUUCCAAUUGAGAUCGUCCCCACAAUGAUUUGUGAAUUCAACUGUACAGAUGAAUAUGAGCCGAUCUGUGGGUCUGAUGGGAUAACGUAUAUCAGCAAAUGUCAUUACGACGCAAAGAAAUGUCAGCGCGAACAUCGAAAAGAAAAAAAUGACGUUAAAAUUGAAUACGAAGGAGCUUGUUGCACUGUUCUUGAUUGCUGGGACGAGUACAGUCCUGUUUGUGACAACUUGGGAAGGAGCCAUCUGAAUCUGUGUGUGUUCAGCAAUGAGAGAUGCGUUAGUUUGAAGCAUAAGUCAGCUAAUUUGACAAUCAACAACUUUGGUUUGUGUCCUGGAGAUAGCUGCGAAUUUGAAUGCCCCAAAAUUUAUCAGCCAAUUUGUGGAAGCAAUGGCAAGUCGAAUUAUUUUUUUUCAACGAUCGGACAUUACAUGUUAUUUCAGGUGAAACUUAUGUCAACGAAUGUGAGCUUAGAAAGUUAAACUGCGUCAAACGGAAAUCAGAACAUCACAAAGAAAUCCUGGUUGAUUAUCCAGGUAAGAGAUUGCAUCUCCUUCUAAACAAAUAUUCACAAAAAUUUCAGACGAAUGUUGCGAAGUAAAGCAGUGUCCCGAGUUCUACUCACCCGUUUGCGAUGCUAACGGCAAAACUCAUGUAAAUAAGUGUGUGUUUGAGGCUGAGAAAUGCGUGCACAAACGAAGGAAUGGAACCGAUCUUGUUCUUGCCUAUGAAGAUGCUUGCUGUCAGGAUGCGGAGUGCCCAGAGGACAUUGAAGAGCCCAUCUGUGACGGCGAAGUGACACAUAAGAAUUGGUGCACCUUCAGGUUCGUUUUAUUCCUCUAGCAGUGUUCUACACCCAUUUGCAUAUCAAUCUCAAAGAUUUUUAGGGUAGCUCAAUGUGAAGCCGAGAAGAAGAACACGACCAUUUUUCCCGAAUACUCAGGAGUUUGUUGCCAACGCCCCAGUGGCGUCUGCGCUCAAUCUGGGGAGAUCUGUGACACUGACGGAACAACCCACAAAGAUAGAUGUGAAUUUGAAUACAAACGUUGCAUUGAUGAUCGUCAUGGAACUCGAGGUCGUCUUCAGGUUGCGUAUGAAGGGAAAUGCUGUGAAAAGAAGGAAUGCCCAACAGUUGAAGAGCCGGUUUGUGAUUCGGCAGGGAAAACACACCGGAAUCCGUGUUUCUUCCAAAAUGAAGCCUGCAAUUAUAAUAAGAAGCAUCCGUCAAGUCAACUAACAAUUCUUUAUGACGGAGAAUGUUGCGCUGACAAUUGUGGUGACAGUAUUCAGCCUGUUUGUGAUGACAAACGGGGAGUUCAUUUAAACUUAUGCAAAUUUAACGUCAAGAAAUGCGAAGCUGAGAAACGGUAAGUCUUGAUCUAUUCUAAAUAAAAUUUGAUGAUUUAAAAAAUACAGAGGGUCCGAGUCGCUACUCCAAGUCCGAUGUGAUCAAAAUCAACUGGGUUCGCUGAAACGACUGAUGUUUUGGUAG